GGCCGCUUACCAACUAGGAGCCCAAGGGCCGCUCAUCCCUUCCCUCUUGUGUCGCCCAGGCUAGAGUGCUCACAUGAGCGCCGGGCUUUCCCAAUUUGCCAUGACGCGCGAGUCUCGUUCCACGGCGACGUGUGAUCAAUCAUCAGAGAGACAGCGGGGCUCGGCCCGCCCAUGAUUGGGCUUGGCUUGACUGGGGAGGAAGAUGCAGCAGCCAGCAAUUGCCCGGGCGCAGCGGGCCAACGAGCGAGCAAUGGGAUGGAUGGACAGGGCAGGCGCAAUGCCCCGAGUAACCGCUCAGAACCGCGCGCGGGGAAGCACCCUCGGAGUGGUUGCGGAAUUGGCCAAAAUGCUCAGGCCACGGUGGAAUGAUGGGAACCGGACGCCAAAGACGUUGAUGCCGGGGAUACUGUGGAGAUCAAGCGGCUCUGCCUCGUGCUCGGGACUUUGCCCGGAACGGCGUCCAUUGACGUCGGUCCUCGGGCGUUGUUAUUGGCUGUCGGGCGGCCUUCGAGGAGAAAAUCGGAAGCUAUCGCAACAACAGUUCCAUCAACACCCGCUGUGGUGUGGGGCCCCAGCGCCCAGCGCCCCGGGCGACGGGGGGACGGGGGACGGGAGACCAGCCACUCGCACCUCCCAAGAAGCCAAAGGGGCCAAGCAUGCCGUAUUACAGAUAUUGUACAGUACCUCGUACCUGCCCAGUCGCACAUCCGGCUGCCCGCCUGCUUGCCAUCCCUCUCAUCUGGGCAACUCGUCAGGUGACGGCCCCGGAUCCAAGCGGCCUGGCUCCCCCAGUUUCCCCGACCACAUGACCAUUGACUCAGCUCGCAAGCGAUUUCCCCCUUGGCCGAGCCACCUGGCGUCCUCCUCUAACCUAAGCGCAGGAAGAAAAAAAGAAGGAAAGAAAAGACCAGAGACGCACGCACCUUGUUUCAAUGUUGAUGCGUCUGCAUUGUCUCAAUUCUUACCUUUCUAGAGUCCGCCUAGGACGGCCAGCCGUAAUAUGCCUGGCUAACUCUUUUGGUCUUGUUGGGCGCGCAAAGAGAAAGGGCGAGAUAGGCACCUCAGUCGCGCGACUCUUUACGAUUAUGACGGCACUCCAUUGGCCGAGUGAUGCCGCGACCUGGGCUGCCGUAAAUAGAGCGUUAAUUAGCUGGCCCGAAAUGACGGGCCGACGUGUAGGCAAGGCCGAAAGCAUUGAGUUGGCCCCUCAAGAUUGACCCCAGGCAAAGAAAGCAGGUCGUUGCGCCUGAUCGAUACCGGCUAGGAGGUCUGGGACUUGUCAUAAAAUAGGAACUAGCCGGUGUGUCUAUCCUGCC